GCUGAGAAAGUUUGCUGACUGCAAUGAAAAGCCGUAGCUCUGGGCUCUGCUCAUUCACGUGAAGCAGGCAGGCAGCAGCAAAGGGAGAGAAUUCCACUGGGAGUCUGCACUGAUGAGACCAUGUCGCAGUAAUUGCAGUCGUCAGAGACCUGUUGCUGAAAGCUCCUGUCUCACUUUGUGAUUGCAGCAAAAAAGAAAAUCGCGAACAGAAGGAUGUGCAUCUAAAUGUUGGUGCAUCUUCUGGCUAUCACUCUGUGGGGAACACAGAGGCUUUCUUAAAGGCUGAAACACAACCUACAGGUUAUGCUGUCCCAAAGACAUUCACUGAAUUUGCGUGAAAAGGAAAAAGGUUAAAAAGAGAUAUCUUCAGAAAAGUUGCAGCACCAAGUUGAACAGUACGAUGGACUCACCGGUUUCUCCAGAGCUUCACGUCGUUGUUCAAUGUACCGACCAAGAUGUGCAGCCUCCAUCAUUGUCCAAGAUUGAAGAUGAGGAUGAGGGUGACCUGAACAAGACUUGGGGAGUUGAGAGAUUUGAUGAUUUGCUACAUGAUGCUCCCAGUCGGAAUGUGCAGGAAGUGCGGCGCACAUUUGAUGAGACAGAUUUUGAGUACCAUCGUCAUUCCUCCCUUCACACUCACCACCCACUUUCCACGCACCUUCCGUCGGAAGGAAGGAGGAAGAAAGGGGCGCACCAGAAGAAAGUCAAAAAGACUGCCUCUUCUCCGACUGGCGCUCCUACCAUAGAGGAAGGGGAUGAAGAGGAGGAGCAGACAGAUGGUGCACAGGUGAAGCUGGCUCCUCCAGAGGAAUCCAUCAAGUUAGACGAUGUGCGUGAUGUUCAGUUCUUUGUGUCUGAUGAGGAGUCAGAAAGUAGCUCUGCAGCCCCGCACCUCCCUGAUCACAGCCCAAAGCAGCAAGAUGCACAGCCUCUUGUCAUCAAGCCAGGGACGGUCAGCCAGAGCAACAAACUUACCAGAAGCAAUGAACAGAUCACACCACUGGGUGCAAUGGCUGGUGAUGCAUCUGCAUCGGAGGAGAACCGUGCCUUACAGAAGACACCUUUGGCACAUCGCAGCAGUUAUGACCUGAAGGAGCGGAGGAGAAUUGGGAGUCAGACGAAUGUGGAUGAGGCCAAAUUCCAAAAGAUACCAACUGAUGAGCUUGAAGCAGAGAUGCUGGCUGUGGCUGACUUGGAUUAUAUGAAAAGUCAUCGGUUUGAGGAUGUUCCUGGAGUUCGACGGCACUUGGUCAAAAGGAGCACAAAAGGCACAGUUGUCCAUGUGGGAAAGGAGCAUUCCGAAAUCUACCCAAAGACCAAGCGAGCUGAUCGGCAACCACAUGAGGUGUUUGUUGAACUGAAUGAGUUGACAAUGGAUAAGAAUCAUGAAAUGCAGUGGAAGGAGACGGCUAGGUGGAUCAAAUUUGAGGAGGACGUGGAGGAGGAAACGGAUCGGUGGGGAAAGCCCCAUGUCGCCUCGCUCAGCUUCCGCAGUUUGCUGGAGCUCAGAAAGACCCUGGCACAUGGCACAGUUCUAUUAGACUUGGACCAGAAGAGCUUACCAGGAAUUGCACAUCAAGUGGUCGAACAGAUGAUCAUCUCUGAUCAGAUUAAGGCCGAGGACCGAGCCAAUGUGCUGAGAGCUCUGCUUCUCAAACACAGCCACCCCAAUAAGGACAAGGACUUCACGUUUUCACGCAACAUCUCAACAUCAAGUCUGGGCUCGCUCAUGUCCCACCAUCACAGCCAGAACCACAUCGCUCAGUCUGCUGAUCCCUCAGUCACCCAGCCACUGAUGGACGAGAAUCCUGACAACGAGACCAAAGUGACAGUGGACAGUGGUGAGAAGGAAUGUCCACUUUCUGCAGAGAUGACGAGAUCAAGGUCAAAGCACGAACUCAAACUGUUGGAGAAAAUCCCGUACAAUGCCGAGGCCACAGUUGUACUCGUUGGGUGCACUAGCUUUGAAUCUCCCACCUUUCUUCCUCCUGAGAAUAUGUUUGGCUGUGUUGAGUUCCUGAACCAUCCGACCAUGGCAUACGUCCGCUUAAAGACGGCAGUAGAGCUGGAGUCAGUGCUGGAGGUUCCUGUCCCUGUCCGGUUCCUCUUCAUCCUGUUGGGACCAAGCACAAGUAACAUGGACUACCAUGAGAUUGGACGCUCUAUCUCCACUCUGAUGUCAGACAAGAAUUUCCAUCGGGCUGCUUACCAGGCAGAUGAUCGAAAUGACUUGUUGAGUGCGAUCAAUGAGUUCCUGGACAGCAGUAUUGUUAUUCCUCCCUCCGAUGUCCCUGGGGAGGAGUUGCUGCUGUCUGUUGCUCAGUUCCAGCGCAAGAUGUUGAAGAAAAGGCAGGCGAAAGAGGACAAGGUGCUGUUCAAGGAGAUCAAGAGUCAGGAGGAGCGAGCUCUGCUGAAACCAAAGAAGCUGGAAGAGGAAGACCCCCUCAGGCGGUCAGGGAAACCUUUUGGGGGGGUUAUCAGAGACGCACGCCGGAGGUACCCUAAAUACGUCAGCGACUUCAAGGAUGCUCUGAACCCUCAGUGUAUGGCUGCCAUCAUCUUCAUUUACUUUGCUUGCCUCUCACCAGCCAUCACCUUUGGAGGGUUACUCGGGGAGAAGACCAUGGGUUUGAUUGGUGUUUCCGAGCUGAUCAUAUCCACGGCUAUACAAAUGGUGAUCUUUGGUUUGUUGGGAGCGCAACCACUGCUGGUCGUUGGGUUUUCUGGACCAUUGCUUGUCUUUGAAGAAGCUUUCUUUAAGUUCUGUAACUCAAACAACAUGGACUACCUGACUGGCCGUGUAUGGAUUGGGAUCUGGCUCAUUGUCAUCGUGGUGGUGAUUGUGGCCUUUGAAGGCUCUUUCCUUGUGCGGUUCAUAUCCAGAUUCACCCAGGAAAUCUUCGCCUUUCUCAUCUCACUGAUAUUUAUUUAUGAGACAUUUUAUAAGCUUUUUAAGAUUUUCCAAGACCAUCCUCUUCGUGGCUGUUCCAAUAUGACAGAAAAUGUGACUGUGCCUUCCAUUGUCCCUCAAAACACAAUGAAUGGUACAAGAGGAGAGAGUGGGAAGCGGAAAGGGGAGCCAAACACAGCAUUGCUCUCUCUGGUCCUGAUGGCUGGCACCUUCUUUAUCGCCUUCUUCUUGCGCAAGUUUAAAAAUAGUCGUUUCUUGCCCGGGAGAAUUCGGCGUGUGAUAGGAGACUUUGGUGUUCCAAUAGCUAUCCUUGUCAUGGUUCUGGUCGACUAUUCCAUCCAGGAGACCUUCACUCAGAAACUGAGUGUUCCUACAGGCCUGUCUGUCACCUCCCCAGAGAAGAGAGGUUGGUUCAUUAAUCCUUUGGGAAAGAAUGCGGAUUUCCCCAUCUGGAUGAUGUUCGCUAGUCUGAUUCCUGCUAUCCUGGUCUUCAUCCUCAUCUUUAUGGAAACCAUGAUCACCACGUUGAUCAUCAGUAAGAAAGAGCGCAUGCUGACCAAAGGCUCCGGAUUCCAUUUGGAUCUUUUGAUCAUUGUGGCAUCAGGAGGUGUGGCAGCCUUGUUUGGUUUACCCUGGCUCGCUGCUGCCACUGUCAGAACCGUCACCCACGUGAAUGCACUGACCGUCAUGAGCAAAUCCGUGGCUCCUGGUGACAAGCCCAAAAUCCAGGAGGUCAAGGAGCAACGGGUCACGGGGCUCGUGGUAGCUGUCCUCGUGGGUCUGUCCAUUGUAAUUGGUGAUCUCUUACGAAAGAUCCCACUAGCUGUGCUUUUUGGGAUCUUCCUGUACAUGGGUGUCACCUCUCUGAAUGGCAUUGAGCUGUAUGAGCGGCUGCAGCUGCUGUUGAUGCCUUCAAAGCAUCAUCCGGAUCAUGUUUAUGUCCGGAAGGUUAAGACACUUCGGAUGCACUUAUUCACCAUUAUCCAGGUCUUUUGUCUGGCGAUUCUCUGGGCUGUGAUGUCCACUGUUGCCUCUCUUGCUUUCCCAUUCGUGCUCAUUUUGACCGUUCCUUUGAAAGUUUUUGCACUCACCAGAAUCUUCACAGAUCGAGAGAUGAAAUGUCUCGAUGCUGACGAUGCUCAGCCUACCUUUGAUGAGAAGGACGGUGUGGAUGAGUACGAUGAGCUGUCAAUGCCGGUCUGAGUGGACACUAAGGCCUUAGAACAAACUCUAAACCCAGCAUGGUGCUGGUUGGGAACAAAAGAGCAAGGACUGGUGCCUAUUCAGCAUCGUUCACUACCAACAUCUGUCAAUGUCAUUCUUGGUCAAAAAUUCAGGAUCAAUAUCUGUCAGCUUGAACCUUUGUCAGUAUCUGUGUCCAUAUUGAUCAACUUUUCUUCAGUGAGAGAAGAGGGAUUGGUGGGACCACACUCUGGCAUUAGUAACAAUAGAGCAUUCUUACUGUAACAAUCAACAAUGGAUCAAGGGACUGUUACUUUCAAAGUCAAUGUCAUCAAAAUGAAACUAUAAAUGAUGCCAUACCAGUGUUCAAGAAACUUCUGUGAAGGUCAUUCAAAUACCAAAGGCAGUCUUUUUCUCUCUCUCUCUCUCUCUCUCUCUCUCAACUUCCCUAAGCAGUGACCUGUAGAGAGUUUUGCUCAUGUUGUCAAUUCCUAGAGAUAUUUGCCUGGUUGUGUGAUGGGUUGAGCCAGUUAAUUAUUGAGGUCCAGGAACCAUUAUUGUCCUGUCACAGCCUUGAGAUUCAAGUCCCUCAACCAGACACAACCAGGGGUGCCAAGCUAUAUCAAGAUAUUGUCCGAUUCUCAAUUCAGUUUCAUCUCACUCCCAAAUGUUUUAAUUCAACAGCAGUCUGACAGCUUGUUUGGUUUGAUUGUAAUUGAAUCAUUUCAUCUUAAGUCCUUGAGGCCAAACCUAUUUGGGGGUCAAAGAUAAUGGCAGGUUUUGGAGUGAGUUGUAAUUUUUGAAACCCUUAGUUUCAUAUCUCCGGACUAGAGGAUUGUCUUUGUUUUCUAAAUUUGAUUCUUGUUGAUUAUUGAGAUGUAUCGACUCAUGAUGUACUCUGUGAACAGUCCAACAGCAGCUGAGUGUGUCUAUAGAAUGGCGUUGACUCCCUCAGUGAAUGAAACAGUUGUUGUCUCGAGUUCUCAUUUCAGGAUCAGGGUUAAAUGUUUCCAGUCCAGGUUGAGAUGGGAUCUGUGAUCACUGGAAAGUUUGGAUGUGAGAUCACCCCGACAGUUUCUAACCAAUGUCUAAUGUGACUGGUCACAGACUUUAAUUGGCAACGUAAUAGCGAGGGAGUGUCUAAUCCUGUGCUGUGCCUGUCCCAAGAAUGUUUGAUGGAGGCAGUGUUGAGGAGCAAUAUGUUCAGUUUAAAAGAAUAGAGGGAGUUUACUCUGCUUGUAUCUAACCCUGUGUUGUCCCAGUCCUGGGACUGUUUGAUGGAGGACAGUGAAGAGGGAAUUUGCUCUGUAUCUAACCUUAUGUUUUCCCUGUCUUUGGAGUGUUUGAUGGGGAAAGUGUGGAGAGAGUUGCUGGAGAUGAGUGUUUUUUUUAAAUCUUCCACAUUGUUCAUUCACAAAAUGCAAGACUAAGUCUUGAUUUGCUCGAGUUACUCCACUUUUAGACAGCGAUCUGUUGGAUUUGUUUGUUUUAGUGAAUGACGUCACGGAGGGGGCUGGGGCUGCUGAGUUACUGAAGGUUUAGUCCCAGUGCUGUGUAACAUAAACAGAAUGAUCCCACAGCCCCUCUGAUUGAUGUACUCAGAAGGAAAAAAAAACGCAAUCAGAUUUUGGAAACAAAUAAAUAAUCUACUGAUCAGUUCAGUAAUUUGCAUUUGAAAUCUGCCACUCAGGAGGCAAGGACAUUUGAUCAGAUACUUUCAUAUGCAAACCUUUUGUGGCCUCGUACUUUGCCCUCAAUGAGGAUUUCAAACGGCCGUUUAUGUCGGUCAGAGAGACGAUGAGAGCGACAGUCACUGUGACCAUCAGUGAGAUUCAUGCGGCACUGAGUUUUGUGGUCAGCAUGAAAUUGGCAACAUAGUGAGUGUGGUAGACGGUGUAGGGACAGUGGAAAUGGACCUUGCGGCCAUUCAUGUGAGAGUGUGAUAGUCCUGAGGGUCCGGUGAGGUGGUUUUGAGGGACUGUGUGAGACCAGCCCGAGGGUCCAUGUGAUGGUCAUUGUGCUGUCAGUUCCUGUGUUGGAGCUUCCUGCUGUGGGCUCCAUAAUCCUUGGAUUUUGAUGUCACUGACCUGCCUUCCUCACUCUUCCCACUCCAUGUUCUCUUUUCAGAAAUCAGUUAUAUUAUUUUGUAUUCGUACAAGCCAAUGUCAAUCACUCUAGAUUUCUAAUUAAAACGCAAGUGAUCUUUUUGUUAUCCUGUAUAUUUGUAUCGUAGGUGAUCACCAUGGGUAACUUGUGUACAAAAAUCAUUUUGUAGUAGAAACAAAAGUGUAUCAUUAAUGAAAAACCACAUGUUUAGAGCGGAA